UACAACCCCAUAAGAUUCACUCUCUUCUCAGGAAAUUAAACAGCAUUUUCUCCGCUGACAGUUUCUUUCGAUUCGUUUCAAAUUACCAAAAAGAGAUUAAAUAUAUUAAUUAAUGGCCAGAGAAACAGAGCCCAAAACCGUCGUCGUGAAUGGUAAUAGAGACGGCGAUUUCGAUCCGAGCGCUCCUCCGCCGUUUCGGAUAGCUGAGAUCCGAGCCGCCAUUCCCGAGCAUUGCUGGGUCAAGAAUCCAUGGCGGUCUCUCAGCUACGUUUUCCGGGAUUUGUUCGUCAUUUCCGCCUUGGCAUCCACCGCAAUCUACUUCCGUAGCUGGUUACUUUGGCCUUUCUACUGGGCCGCCCAGGGAACCAUGUUCUGGGCUCUCUUCGUACUCGGGCACGAUUGUGGUCAUGGAAGCUUUUCGAGCAGUCCGAAGCUGAACAGCUUGAUGGGGCAUAUCUUGCACUCUGCAAUUCUCGUACCUUAUAAUGGAUGGAGGAUUAGCCAUAGGACUCACCAUCAGAACCAUGGACAUGUUGAGAAUGACGAAUCAUGGGUUCCGUUGACUGCAAAGAUGUACAAAAGUUUGGACAAUAAAACAAAAACGUUGAGAUUCACAGUGCCAUUCCCCAUCUUUGCGUACCCUUUUUAUCUGUGGAAUAGAAGUCCAGGAAAAGAUGGUUCCCAUUUCAAUCCUUACAGUAAAUUGUUCAGCCCAAAUGAGAGGAUAUCAGUUGUAACUUCAACAAUUUGCUGGUCAAUUAUGGCCGCUCUUCUAGUCUAUUUGUCCUUGGUUGUGGGUCCCGUUCUCAUACUCAUGCUCUAUGGGGUCCCUUAUUGGGUCUUUGUGAUGUGGCUGGACAUUGUCACUUACUUGCAUCACCAUGGUCAUGAGAUAAAACUUCCUUGGUACCGAGGCAAGGAAUGGAGUUAUCUAAGAGGAGGGCUCACAACGGUGGAUCGUGAUUAUGGAAUGUUCAACAACAUCCACCAUGACAUUGGCACACACGUUAUACACCAUCUCUUCCCUCAAAUUCCACACUAUCACCUUGUGGAAGCAACUAAGGCUGCAAAGCCGGUGCUCGGAAAGUAUUAUCGGGAACCGAAAAAAUCCGGGCCGAUUCCCUUCCACUUGAUCAAGAAUUUAGCGACAAGCAUCAAACAAGACCACUACGUGAGUGACGAUGGGGACAUAGUAUACUACCAAACGGACCCCCAGCUUUAUAAAAUAUCUAAGAGACGCAAGUGGAAUUGAUUCUUUUGGGACCCCCCCAUUUGUUUAACAGGGGAUUCUACAUAGUCUAGAUUAUGGUCUUGGUCUUCAUGUGGUUGCUAGCUAGAAGAGAGGCUUUAUAUUGUUUGUUUAGCCUCUAAAAACUGUAGUUGUAUUCCAUUCUACGAUUACAAAUUGAGGUGAAAAGUUGAUGGCGGCCUUGGUUUUGAAUUUUCAUGAUGGCUUAUACCCCAAUUUUUAAUCUGGAGAAUUAUGUUACAUAUUUUGCUGGUUUAAUCUUUCUACUACAAAUUAGGGUGGACUUUGCAAAACAAAAAUAUUG